GGGUGCAGUCGGUCCCAGAGUGGCAGCAAUGAGGACAGGGGACACUGAGCUGUGUUUGGGUGACGCAGGGCAGGGGCCAGGCCUGGCUGCCCCCCCAGACACCCCGGCUCUCUCCUCCCUGAUGCGGGGGCAGCACCUUCCUCCUCCUCCUCCUUUUCUUCCUCCUCCUCCUGCUGCUGCUGCUGCUACUCCUGCUCGGCUCCUCUCCCCAUCGGCCCCGCAGAGGCUCCCAUGGGGCGCCCAGGUCCCCUCAACCUGACCUGCGUGUCCUACAAGCACCCGAGCGUGCGGGGCGCGCUGGGGGGCGCGGGGGGCGCGGCGGGCGCCGUGCGCUGCCCCCCCGGGCAGUGCUGCGUCGGCAUCUGGAACCGCAGCCACGCUCUGGUGCAGGGCUGCUGGGGAGGCCGGGGGGACGCGUGUCCCUCGGCCACGUGCGCGCCCAGCCCCGCGGGACACCCCGGCAGCUCCGUGCUGCUGUGCCUGUGCCACGGCCACCUCUGCAACGGCAACGCCACCGGCACCGCGGCGGGCACCGGCACGGCCGGGGGGCUCGGGGGGCCCCGCCAGGGCCCAGUGCCCGGCCGGGGGGGCUCCGCGGGGACCCUGUGGCUGCUGGGUGCCAGCCCCCUCCUCCUCAUCCUCCUCACCUGUCUGGGCGUCCUCGGUAGGGACAGGGACACGGCGGGGACGGGGGGACCCCCGGGCGCAGCCACCCCCUACCCGAUGUCCCCUGGGUGUCCCCAAAUGCCACAUCUCUGGUGUUCCCGGAGUGCGGGUCCCCGGGGUGGAGGCGGGGUGUCCCCAAGUGUUGUGUCGCUGGGGCGGGGUGUCCCUGGUGUCCCUGUGACCCCUCGGGGUGGGGUGUCCCGGGUGGGGUGUCCCCCGUGUCCCGAGCACCCCGGGAUGCCACAUUCCCCGUGUCCCCCGCCUGGCGAGGGGGGGCUGUCGGUCCCUGGAGCCCCCAGGUCCCGUGUCCCUGAUUUGGGGGGUUCCUGUGGGGGCGGUCCCCCGAUGGGGGUGUCCCCGGUGUCCCCAUCCAGGACUGCGCUGGACAAGGGCCCGCACGGGGCAGUCACCGCGGGGGGGGCGGAGAAUCGGGGUCCCCCCGGAGCCCCCCAGCCCGGACCUGCCUGCGCUGCACUUCCUGCAGGUGCUGCAGUCGGGGCGCUUCUCGGCCGUGUGGCGGGGCACGCUGCGCCAGCGGCCCGUGGCCAUCAAGGCGUUCGCGGCCGGGGCCGGCAGCCGGUUCGCGGCCGAGCGCGCCGUGCACUCGCUGCCGCUGAUGGAGCACGAGAACGUGGCCAGGCUGCUGCACACCCGCGCGGCCGGGCCCCGCGGCCGCGGGGGGCUCCUGGUGCUGCAGCUCUACCCGGCCGGCUCCCUGCGCCACUUCCUGGGCCAGCACGUGGGGACGUGGGCGGGCAGCGUGCGCCUGGCGCUGUCCCUGGCCCGCGGCCUGGCCUUCCUGCACCAGGAGCUGUGGCGCGACGGGCUGUACAAGCCCAGCGUGGUGCACCGGGACCUGAGCAGCCAGAACGUGCUGGUGCGGGAGGACGGCACCUGCGCCAUCGGCGACUUCGGGCUGGCGCUGGCGCUGCCGCCGCGCGCCCAGGACAGCGCCGGCUCCCGGCACGCCGUGGCCAUCCGCAAGGCGGGCACCCAGCGGUACCUGGCACCCGAGAUCCUGGACGAGAGCCUGGACCUGCGGGCCUGGGGCCGGGCGCUGCGCCAGGCCGACGUCUACGCGCUGGGCCUGCUGCUCUGGGAGAUCCUGUCCCGCUGCCAGGCGCUGAGCCCCGGAGCCCCGGUGCCGCCGUUCCGGCUGGCCUACGAGGCCGAGCUGGGCGCCAGCCCCAGCGGGGCGCAGCUGCGGCGCCUGGCCGCCGACGAGAGGCGGCGGCCGCUGAUCCCCCCGGCCUGGCACCGCGCCCCCCAGCCCGGGGGGGCUCUGCCGGAGCUGCUGGAGGAUUGCUGGGACCCGGACCCCGAGGCGCGGCUCUCGGCCGAGCGGGCGCUGCAGCGGCUCCAGCGCUUGGCCGCGGGGCCCGCACCGGCCCCGGGGGACCCCGGCCCGGGGACCGCCCCCCGCCAGGUCCUGGACUCUCCCAGCAUGUGGAACCCGGGUGCAGGUACAGGGGGACACCCCAAAAUGGGGGGGCUGCCUUGACCCCCCCCGGGGUCAGACCCCCCCUCAAUCUCCUCUUUUCUCCCCCCCCAGGACAGCCGCCCCCCCCCAACCCCGUGUACCCCCCGAACCCCACGUACCCCCCCCAGGUCCCACCCCCCAACCCCGUGUACCCCCCGCCCGCGGCGCCCCCCAACCCGCUGGGGGGGCCGGGGCAGCCCCCGUACCCCGCGGGGCCGCCCCCGGCCCCCUCGGUGCCCCCCUUGGGCCCCCCCCUGCCGCAGCCCCCCCACCCGGGGGUGCUCCCCCACCCGGGGGUGCUGCCCCACCCGGGGGUGCUCCCCUCGUUCCCCCCCGCGCUGGACAAGAAGGCGGCGAAGAAGAUGAAGAAGAGGAUGAAGAAGGCUCACAAGAGGCACAAGCGCUCUUCGUCCUCCUCCUCCUCCUCCAGCAGCUCCGACUGAGGCUCCUGGGACCCCCCAGGACCCCCAGCAUCACCCGGGACCCCCCAGGACCUCCUGGAACCCCUGGGACCAGCAGGAGCCACCUGGGACCUCUCGGGACCGCUGUGACCAGCCGGGACCCCCCAGGACCCCCAGAAUCACCUGGGACCCCCCGGGACCCCCGUCCUGUCCCCGUGCCGCCCAUGCCCUGCUCCCGGGGGGUCCCGGGCUGUCCCCCAAUAAAGCUCUGGGACACCCCAA